AUGGCUAAGACACACACAAUUGAAACAGUUGACAGAAGCUUCCGUGAUAUAAUGGACAACAGUAUACCUUUUGGUGGAAAGAUCAUGGCAUUUGGAGGUGACUUCCGACAAGUUUUGCUGGUGGUUCCUAAAUCAACCCGUGCAGAGACAGUGGAUGCAGGUUGGAAACAGCGAAGAAACAACAAUACAAGACAAUUUAAUACAACUGCCUCAACAAAUGCUGGUCCAACAAAGUGGUUAGUUUUGAAAAAAAAUGCACCUAUUAUGAUGCUGCGGAAUCUGGACCCAUCAAAUGGAUUAUGCAAUGGGACACGAUUGAUUUGUAGAGGUUUUGACAACAAUGUCAUACACGCCGAAAUAACAACGGGACAAUUUACAACAAAGCAGAUGUUUAUACCAAGAAUCAAACUAUCACCGCCUGAGAAUGAAGGACAUCCAUUCAAAUUUAUUCGCAAGCAAUUUCCAAUACGUCUAUACUUUGCAGUGACGAUAAAUAAAGCUCAAGGACAAAUAAUCCCUAAUGUUGGAUGA